UUACAUGCUUUUGAUCGAUACCAAGAAACUGCCGGAGCUGAGAUCCAACGAUUCGAGGACUUGUACAGGAAUGUUCCAAAAGACCACAAACGAAUCCUGGAGAGGACUAUCGCAUACAACAAGAACUUCGAGGAAGCGCGCUCUCGAAUUGAGAUCAAUGCCAGACUCUGCAAACUCAUCGUCAACCAUGGCCUCGAAUACUACAACAUCACUCGCGCAGAGCUCAGCGUAUUCGAGAAGGAGAACGAGAAGACGGCCAAAAAGCCCGCUCAUCGAUCCAUGGUCUCCCAAGCACUCAAACACAUGGUCCGCGAUUAUUCACCGGAAGGGAAACCAGAACGAGACGCCACAUUUCCCUACAUCCUCUCAACGAUCUCUAGUGAGCUUUCACCGCCUCCCGCCGACUCAUACUCCAAAGGAUACAAAAUCCUUCUUCCAGGCUCCGCCCUUGGUGGCCUCGCAUACGACAUCUCGCUCCUUGGCCCACAUCUGCACAUCACCACCAACGAAUAUUCCUCAGCCAUGAAUCUCGCCUACCGCUACAUCUCCUCCUCAUCAGUGCAGACCACCCCCAUCAUCAUCCAUCCCUACCUCGAAACCUGGUCGCACGCCCGAACUCGCUCUUCCAUCCUCCGACCGGUCGAACUAUACCCUCCCGCAACCACUCCCGGCUACCAGCCUCCCCUACUCAUCGAAGGCGACUUCACGCUCUCCUUCCACCAUCAAUCUUCUCACUACGACAUGAUCGCCACACUCUUCUUCAUCGACACCGCGCAAAAUUUGCUGUCAUACCUGGAAACGAUUUUCAACCUCCUUCGACCCGGUGGCAUGUGGGUGAAUGUCGGUCCGCUACUGUACGGAACGGCGCCGUGGUUACAGUUGAGCAAAGAGGAGGUGGUGAGAGUGGCGGAGGAGGUUGGUUUUGUGUUUGAGGAGAGU